AUGCUCCCUGCUGAUGAGAAUCCAAAAGAAGGUCCAUCAAGCGUAGCACCAACAGAAGGUCUGACUAGCACAGCACUAACAGAAGGUCCUGCAAGCUCAGUGGCAAAAGAAGGUCCUACUACCACAGCACCAACAGAAGGUCCUGCAAGUACAGUGAUAACACAAGGUCCUUCAGGGAUAGUGUCAACAGAAGUUCGUACUAGCACAGCACCAACAGAAGUUCCUGCAAGCACAGCACCAACAGAAGGUCCUGCAAGCACAAAAGGGCCUGCAAGCACAGUGCCAACAGAAGGUCCUACUAGCAAAGGGCCAACCAAAGGUACUUCAGAGACAAUGCCAACAGAAGGUCCUACUAGCAUAGCACCAACAGAAGGUCUUGCAAGCACAGCGUUAACAGGAGGUCCUACUAGCACAGUGCCAACAGAAGGUCCUACUAGCACAGCACCAACAGAAGGUCUUUCAGGGAAAGUGCCAACAGAAGGUCAUACUAGCACAGCAUCAACAGAAGGUCCUGCAAGCACAGCGCCAACAGAAGAUCCUGCAAGCACAGAAGGUCCUACAAGCACAGUGCCAACAGAAGGUUCUACUAGCAUAGCACCAACAGAAGGUCCUGUAAGCACAGUGCUAACAGAAGGUCCUGCAAGCACAGUGCCAACAGAAGAUCCUGCAAGCACAGAAGGUCCUGCAAGCACAUUGCCAACAGAAGGUCCUUCUAGCAUAGAACCAACGGAAGGUCCUGCAAGCACAGUGCUAACAGGAGGUCCUACUAGCACAGCACCAACAGAAGGUCCUGCAAGCACAGUGCUAACAGAAGGUCCUUCUAGCAUAGCACCAACAGAAGGUCCUGCAAGCACAGUGCUAACAGAAGGUCCUACUAGCACAGAAGGUCCUACUAGCAUAGCACCAACAGAAGAUCCUGCAAGCACAGUGCCAACAGAAGGUCCUUCUAGCAUAGCACCAACAGAAGGUCCUGCAAGCACAGUGCUAACAGAAGGUCCUACUAGCACAGAAGGUCCUACUAGCAUAGCACCAACAGAAGAUCCUGCAAGCACAGUGCCAACAGAAGGUCCUUCUAGCAUAGCACCAACAGAAGGUCCUGCAAGCACAGUGCUAACAGAAGGUCCUACUAGCACAGAAGGUCCUACUAGCAUAGCACCAACAGAAGGUCCUGCAAGCACAGUGCCAACAGAAGGUCCUACUAGCACAGCACCAACAGAAGGUCCUGAAAGCACAGUGCCAACAGAAGGUCCUAAUAGCACAGGGCCAACCAAAGGUCCUUCAGAGACAGUGCCAAAUGAAGGUCCUACUAGGACAGCACCAACAGAAGAUCCUGCAAGCACAGUGCCAACAGAAGGUCCUUCAAGCACAAUGCCAACAGAAGGUCCUACUAGCACAGCACUAACAGAAGGUCCUACAAGCACAGUGCCAACAGAAGGUUCUACUAGCAUAGCACCAACAGAAGGUCCUGUAAGCACAGUGCUAACAGAAGGUCCUGCAAGCACAGUGCCAACAGAAGAUCCUGCAAGCACAGAAGGUCCUGCAAGCACAUUGCCAACAGAAGGUCCUUCUAGCAUAGAACCAACGGAAGGUCCUGCAAGCACAGUGCUAACAGGAGGUCCUACUAGCACAGCACCAACAGAAGGUCCUGCAAGCACAGUGCUAACAGAAGGUCCUUCUAGCAUAGCACCAACAGAAGGUCCUGCAAGCACAGUGCUAACAGAAGGUCCUACUAGCACAGAAGGUCCUACUAGCAUAGCACCAACAGAAGAUCCUGCAAGCACAGUGCCAACAGAAGGUCCUUCUAGCAUAGCACCAACAGAAGGUCCUGCAAGCACAGUGCUAACAGAAGGUCCUACUAGCACAGAAGGUCCUACUAGCAUAGCACCAACAGAAGAUCCUGCAAGCACAGUGCCAACAGAAGGUCCUUCUAGCAUAGCACCAACAGAAGGUCCUGCAAGCACAGUGCUAACAGAAGGUCCUACUAGCACAGAAGGUCCUACUAGCAUAGCACCAACAGAAGGUCCUGCAAGCACAGUGCCAACAGAAGGUCCUACUAGCACAGCACCAACAGAAGGUCCUGAAAGCACAGUGCCAACAGAAGGUCCUACUAGCACAGGGCCAACCAAAGGUCCUUCAGAGACAGUGCCAAAUGAAGGUCCUACUAGGACAGCACCAACAGAAGAUCCUGCAAGCACAGUGCCAACAGAAGGUCCUUCAAGCACAAUGCCAACAGAAGGUCCUACUAGCACAGCACUAACAGAAGGUCCUACUAGCACAGUACCAACAGAAGGUUCUGCAAGCACAGUGCCAACAGAAGGCCCUACUAGCACAGCGCCAACCGAAGGAACUUCAGGGACAGUGCCAACAGAAGGUCCUACUAGCACAGCACCAACAGAAGGUCCUGCAAGCACAUUGCUAAGAGAAGGUCAUACUAGCACAGCACCAACAGAAGGUCCUGAAAGCACAGUGCCAACAGAAGGUCCUACUAGCACAGGGACAACCAAAGGUCCUUCAGAGACAGUGCCAAAUGAAGGUCCUACUAGCACAGCACCAACAGAAGAUCCUGCAAGCACAGUGCCGACAGAAGGUCCUACUAGCACAGCACCAACAGAAGGUCCUACUAGCUCAGUACCAACAAAAGGUUCUGCAAGCACAGUGCUGACAGAAGGUCUUACUAACACAGCACCAACAGAAGGUCCUGCAAGCACAGUGCCAACAGAAGGCCCUACUAGCACAGCGCCAACCGAAGGAACUUCAGGGACAGUGCCAACAGAAGGUCUGACUAGCACAGCACCAACAGAAGGUCCUGCAAGCACAGUGCCAACAGAAGGUCCUACUAGCACAGCACCAUCAGAAGGUCCUGCAAGCACAUUGGUAAGAGAAGGUCAUACUAGCACAGCACCAAAAGAAGGUCCUAGAAGCACAGUGCCAACCGAAGGUCCUACUAGCACAGCGCCAACCGAAUGUCGUUCAGUGACAGUACAAAAUGAAGGUCCUAGCACAGCAUCAAAAGAAGAUCCUACUAGCACAGUGCCAACGGAAGGCCCUACAAGCACAGCACCAACCAAAGGUCCUACUAGCACAGUACCAGCAGAAUAUUCUGUCACUGAAACGACUACCAAGGCACAGAAUGAAAACCCAAAGGAACUCUCAUCUGUCAAGGUCCUUAGAUCUACCCCUGCUCCAAAUAAGACACCAUCCUCUCCUGUUCCAGUGAAACCAACAAAAAAUCCUACUCGACCUAGUAUGGAGAAGAAUGACAAAUCUGAACAAAAGGACACUCACAAUGAUCCUAGUGGCAUUGCUACAAUCAGACCAGCAGAAAAACCUCUUAAUGCUACCUCAGACAAGAAUGGCAAAACAGAUAGUAUUAAAGAUUAUCAAGCUGAUGAUUAUGACACUAACCUCUGCAGUGGUCGUCCAAUCAGUGGUUUGACAACUCUCAGAAAUGGUACCAUUGUGGUGUUCAGAGGACAUUAUUUUUGGACACUGGACAAACAUAGAAAUCCUGAUCCACCUCAGUUAAUUACAAGUGUGUGGGGAAUUCCAUCUCCCAUCGACACGGUUUACACCAGCUGCAACUGCCAGGGCAAAACCUACUUCUUCAAGGGAAAGAACUACUGGAGGUUUGAGAAUGCUGUGAUGGAUCCUGGCUUUCCCAAACCCAUCAGCACAGACUUUGGACAGAUUGGUCAUAUCACAGCUGCUUUACCUAUACCUAAGUACAGAAGCAGAAAAGAGUCUGUAAUCUUCUUCAAAAGAGGUGGGAUGGCGCAAAAGUACACAUAUCAGAUUACUCCAAAUUGUGGGACAAAGACAAGAAUUCCUAUGCUGACAGUGAGGACGAGAGCCAGACGACAAGCUGCUGCAGCUCUGGGUCAAGUGAUCAAUAUCUCAAAGACCUGGAGGGGAUUUCCGACCAUGGUGACCUCAGCCGUGUCUGUACCCUCAAGGGUGAAAGAGGGAUACAAGUAUUAUGUAUUCACUCAAAACAAUUAUUACAGCAUCAAAAUGGAAGGAGAAAGACCAGUGAUCCUCAAACCUGCUACAGGUCUAAAGGAAAACUCUGCAACCAGCUUCUUUAAAUGCCCAGAAACCCAGAAAAACUGAGUCCUUUGUCUCUUUCCCUCAUACCAUAUGUGUUUAUAUUUAUAUUAAAUUUAUAUUUCUAGUGAUGCACUUGUCUUAGGUGCAGUGCAAAACAACCUUAGUAAUGCUGCAUCUUUGGAGAUGGAAUUAGGGACAAACAAUGACUUCCUUUGAAACAUUUUAUUGUACAGAUGUAAAAUCAUUAAAAUAUCAUUGAUGGAUUGCUCAGAGCAUUAAAUGAACAAGCAAAAAUUAUAAUACAUUGACUGAAGUCUUAAAGUAGAACCAAAGUAUGGUUGUGUUCUUCUGGAGCCAUUCAUUCAGAAUGUGUUGCUUCAGAACUGCUUAACCUUGCAAAACUUCCCCUCACACAUGUGAUGUCACCUGUAGCAAGAAAGAUGUCGAAUCCAUUUGAUUAUGUUAAAUCUUACUGUGUUAAUACAGGUGGGUUAAAAACUAAA